UUUCCGUGUUGAAUUGGUUUAUUCCUUUCCCGGCUGCAGGGUAAAUCUAAUUCGAGAUGUCUGCGUUUUCGCGCACCCUUGCGCCAUUUUUGCGCGCCUCCCGUCACUCUCUCAGAUCCGGUAGCACCGUCAACCCGUUACAAUUUGCUGUGCGACAACAAAAUGUAGCCGCAGCCCUCAACAUCACCCGUUCCUAUGCCGUUUACGAGAGAACGAAGCCUCACGUCAACGUCGGUACCAUCGGUCACGUCGAUCACGGAAAGACCACUCUAUCUGCUGCCAUCACGAAGAGACAGGCCGAGAAGGGAUUGGCAAACUUCUUAGAAUAUGGCGCUAUCGACAAGGCACCUGAGGAGAGGAAGCGUGGUAUCACCAUUUCUACUGCACACAUCGAAUACUCGACGGAGAACCGACAUUACUCCCACGUCGACUGCCCUGGUCACGCCGAUUACAUCAAGAACAUGAUUACUGGUGCCGCCAACAUGGACGGUGCUAUCAUUGUCGUUGCUGCUUCCGAUGGUCAAAUGCCCCAGACGAGAGAACAUCUUCUCCUCGCCCGUCAGGUUGGUGUCCAGAAAAUCGUCGUCUUCGUCAACAAGAUCGAUGCUAUUGAGGACCCCGAAAUGUUGGAACUAGUCGAGAUGGAAAUGCGUGAGCUGCUCAACCACUACGGCUUCGAAGGUGACGAGACCCCCGUCAUCAUGGGUUCUGCCUUGAUGGCUAUGGAAGGCAAGCGACCCGAGAUCGGUGCUGAGAAGAUCGAUGAGCUCCUGAAGGCCGUCGACGAGUGGAUCCCUACCCCCCAGCGUGACCUUGACAAGCCCUUCUUGAUGUCUGUUGAGGAUGUCUUCUCCAUUGCCGGUCGUGGAACUGUCGCCUCCGGCCGUGUUGAGCGAGGUGUCCUAAAGCGAGAUGCCGAAGUCGAGCUGAUCGGUAAGGGUACUGAGAUUAUCAAGACCAAGGUCACCGAUAUCGAGACCUUCAAGAAGUCCUGCGACGAAUCUCGCGCUGGUGACAACUCCGGUCUGCUUCUCCGAGGUGUCCGACGAGAGGAUAUCAAGCGAGGUAUGGUUAUCGUCAAGCCUGGAACCGUCAAGGCCCACACCAAGUUCAUGGUCUCUCUAUACGUCCUUACCAAGGAGGAAGGUGGCCGGCACACCCCCUUCGUUGAGAACUACCGACCCCAGAUGUACUUGCGAACCGCCGAUGAGGCUGUAGCCCUACACUUCCCUGACGAUGUUGAGGACAAGUCCAGGGCUGUCAUGCCUGGUGACAACGUCGAGAUGGUUGCCACCCUACACCACCCCAUCGCCGUCGAGGUUGGUCAGCAAGUCAACGUCCGCGAGGGUGGACGAACCGUCGCCACCGGUAUCAUUACGCGAAUCGUUCAAUAAACGCGUCCGCGGACUAUUUUGGGGGAGGGACUGGUCCAUGUGUGCAAGAGGGAUAGAACGGGCAUCUUCGGCUUUGCGCUUUUUACAGCCGGCAUGGGGGAAAAUCUUGGCGUUUGCUCUCUUGUGUAUAAGGGAUUUCGGAUUGUAUCAUAUUUUGAGCCCAUGUACACAUGACAUUUUCUUGUCUCCCCCGUGGCUCGUUGAAUCUCUCCCCUCUGCUUUACGGCACGUCUUUAUUUUUCCCCGUAAUGUAACUCUAGCAUGAUGAAAUGGUAAAUGUUUGAACAAUACCCUACCUUACCUACCUACGUAAGGUACUUUGCAUGAUGAUAUUUUGGGGGGGCUAGAAUGUGAUCUAAAUGCUAAAAAUUUGUGAAAUACGAAUUCUUCAUGCUGAUUUGUUAGUGUACCCCUUUAAUAUGAAGAGCUACACUAACCUACGGGACUAGUUUUGUAGUGUUGAUAGCCGACUACUACGUCAAACCUGUUUGCUGAAAUCAAAACUAGAUUCAGGUCCCCUGGAGACAAGAUCGUUUGGAUUCUUCAAAAGAGCUAUGAUGUUACAUCUACUGGUCCCACGUGUUCGUCAAAGGCCUGAAACACUCGAGUAACGAGACCACCACGUGGGUUAUGUUACUUAUAAUAGAGAAUUCAUAGAAUAUUUUAACCCUAGCCAGAUUUCACCGAGAUCC